UCUACAUUUCAAGCUAGACGAUUCCGUCAAGUAUUAGCUUCUCAACGUGUAGCUCAGUACACAGGGUGCCACAUAGUUAGAGGCCUUAUGUCGAAACGAAUGGACCCGAGAUUAAUGUCAACUUCAUCCUCAACAUUAGCAGAGAGUAAAAACAUGACUCAAAGGAUGGUAUGGGUGGACUUGGAGAUGACAGGGUUGGACAUUGAAAAGGAUCAAAUAAUUGAAAUGGCAUGUAUUAUAACAGAUUCUGACCUGAAUAUCUUGGCAGAGGGUCCAAAUUUGAUCAUCAAUCAGUCGGAUGAACUGCUAGACAGUAUGUCCGAAUGGUGCAAAGAGCAUCAUGGCAAGUCAGGGUUAACUCAGGCAGUCCGGGACAGUAAGAUCACUUUGCAGCAGGCCGAAUAUGAGUUUCUGUCUUUCAUCAGACAACACACCCCACCCGGUCACUGCCCCCUCGCUGGAAACUCUGUUCAUGCAGAUAAGAAGUUCCUGGAUAAGUAUAUGCCACAGUUUAUGCGUCACCUCCACUACCGUAUCAUAGACGUCAGCACGAUCAAAGAGCUGUGCAGACGGUGGUUUCCAGAGGAGUACAAACUAGCACCUCAGAAAAAAGCUUCACACAGAGCUUUGGAUGACAUACAGGAGAGCAUAAAAGAACUGCAGUUUUAUAGAGCAAACGUUUUCAAAGCACCGACGGAGGAAAAAAAAAGAAAGAUAGUAGAAAACGGAGAUAGUGUCAAGCCUUUGAUUUAAAAAUCUGACGCGUGCUGUAGCCAGCGUGGAGCUUUUUGAGAGAAGGUCAUCUUUAAUGUAACUGUAAUGUGCACAGUCAGCCUGAAUCCUUCAAUUCUCAGCUAUUAUGUGCAACAUCUCCAAACACCGAUGCUCUG